AUGGAGCGAGAAGAACACGAGCACGUCCUCGGGGAGUUUGAAAAAGCCAACGAGACGCUCGGUCGCGCGACCGGGAAGCUCGCGGACGUCUUGUCGCACGCGAGGCGAGACGUCGAGGGCUUGUUCGGCAAGCUCGAGAGGAAAGCGGGCUUGGAGCGGACGAACGAGGAGGCCAUCGCCGCGAUCAAAGAGAGCGUCGCCGCGCGCUUGAUCGAGAUGGAAGAGCGCCUGAGCGAAGCCGCGGAGCGAGAACGCGAGCGGCGGAGAACGCACGUCGCGGCGAUGAAGGCUUUCGCGAAGCGCAAGGACGAGGAGACCGCGGCGCUGCGGAAGAAGCUGGACGCCAUGGCUGCCGAGAUUAACGCGACGCGGGCGUCGCUCGACGCGCGUCGCGACGCCGACGUCGCGGAGAUUGACGCGAUGGCCGAGGCGUUGGCUGCCUCUCCGGAGAACGAGGCGGUCAUGACUCGGAGCGCGGCGGACGCCGGCGAGCUCGCGGCGACACUCUCGAGCGCGUUCGCGAAGCUCGCGCGCGACGUCCCGACGGGCGGCACGCCCGCGCGGGAGACGGUCGCGGCGGCGUUGACGACGCCCGUGGAAGCGAAGACGAUGGCGCGGAUGACGUUGCGUCGAGAGGCGACGCUCGCGGCGUUCAGGGCGACGAAGGCGGCGGGGGGGGGCGGCGGGGAGAAGGCUGCGGGCGCGCAUCCGUACGACGAGGACGACGACGAGGAGGAGGGCGGCGGCGAAGACGCGGCGGGCGAGAGCGCGGUGGACGUACUCGACGUCACGGCGGAGGCGGAGGAAGAAGACGUCACGCCGCCGGCGCCGACGACGACGGAGGAGGAGGAGGAGGAGGAGGAGGAGGAGGAGGAAAAAACACAAAAACCGGCGAUGUGCGCGUCAACGCGCCGCGGAGGAGGGACGCGCGGUCGGUCGACGCGCGGCGCGGCGAAGAAGACGGCCGCCGCCGCCGACGCGGAAGACGCGGCGGCGGACGACGGCGGCGACGCGGCGGUUGACGUUUCGUCUUCCCCUGCGCCGACGAAAACGAAAACGUCCGCCGGGAGCCGCGGGAGGGCGCCGACGACGACGAAGAUUCCGACGCAGGCGAAGAACCGCGCGCCGCUCGAGCCGCUCGAGCGCGAGAACAGCGUCGAGCCGCCGCGCGCGUGA